UCAAAAAGGUUGUCUUUAUUAAAAUACUACUAGUUUAAAACUAUUGGAAAUAAAUAAUCAUAAAAAUCAUACAUUUAUUAUCAAAUUUAAUGCAUUUUAAAAUUCAUGAAGCACAAAAAUACAUUUUUAGAAACAAAGAGAAUACUAUAGAGAUAAAAUAGCAAUUUGUUGGAAAUGCACUUAUGCUUAAAAAUACUUUCCUAUAGAAGAGGCUGAUGGUGUAUAUUAAUGGGCCUGGGCCUAUAUUUUUAUCCCACUUCUUAUUUCAUAAAUGGAGUUUAAUCGUCUUAAAUCAACAAUCAUAAGACUAUAGUAAAUGAUUUGCUACAAAGAAAAAAAUGUGAGAGAGGUAGGGAGGUUAAUAAAGAGGAAGACGCCAAGUAUAAGCCACCUACCGGUCCCGUCAUACACGGCUCACGUUAGCCUUGUUCCAACCAUGAAUACGGUGGCGUGUUGGCUUGGUCCUCGAAACCAACCACUUUCUUCUCUUUCAUCUUCCAGUAUUAUAAUUCCACGUGUCGUUAUCAUCCUCCACGACGGUGCCCCCACCACCCUCCGCCACCACCGCAUAAAGCCUUUUCCUUUAUUAUUUACCAAACUCUGCUAAUGCACGCUUCUAUCUAACACCUUAUCCUCCGCCCUCCACCAUUAUCAUGCGCCUCUCCUCCACUUUCUCUCUCCCCCUUAUCUCCUCAUUAUUACGUUGAAGUCGCCGCCGCGUAAAUCCAUCGAAUCACAACCGUUUCUCUGCACGAGAUCUGACAUUAUUUUAAAAUCCUCAAGCUCUGAUCUUCUCCGGUCUUGUCUGAACCGAUCCAUGUCUGAUCCAGAUUCUCCGUUAGAACAAGUUCCGUUACCGGUGCGUAACAAAUCGCCUCCGCCGCAACCGGACGAUUCCGUUACCGAUCUGACGAUCGCCUCCACCCCCGCGGCGGUGGCGACCAAGAACUCUAGGCGCUUGCCUCCGCCGUGCUGGUCUCUGGAGGAGACGAUCGCGCUCAUCGACGGCUACCGUGACAAAUGGCACGCGCUCAACCGCGGGAACCUCAAGGCGAAUCACUGGGAGGAAGUCGCGGAAGCCGUCGCCGGUAACUGCCCCGGCGUGACGCCGAAGAAAACCGCCGUUCAGUGCCGGCACAAGAUGGAGAAGCUGAGGAAAAGGUACCGCACGGAGAUCCAGCGAGCGAGAUCUGUGCCGGUGGCGAGGUUUGUAUCGUCUUGGGUCCAUUAUAAGCGAAUGGAAGCCAUGGAGGAUCGCCCGGAGAGCAAGCCCGGCGGCGGAGACGAGGAAAGAGACGAGCUUUACGGCGGAGGAGGUUCUGUCGGGAGGUCAACGCCGAGGUUCUUCAACAGGAAUGGUACCGCCGGAGGGAGUAGCAGCAGCGGUGGGAUCAGAAUUCGGAUUCCGACUGGAGUGAGUAUAGCUCAGCCGGGGCCGAGGUUUCCCGGUAAGAUCGAUCCGAAAUACACGGCGAGUGCAAGUUCAAGACUUGGUCGUGGUGUCGGAGGAGGAACCAGUUAUGGAGCUAGGGGUGUGAGAAUUCAAGAAGGAGGAGGGGGAGGAGAAGAGAGAGCUGGGAAACGAGGGAGGGAGAUGAUGAUGAUGAUGACGACGGAGGAGGGGGAGGAGGAAGAGGAGUCUGAUGAUCCAAUGGUGGAGAUAGCGAGUGCGAUCAAGCUACUUGGGGAUACGUUGUUGAGAACAGAGGAGAAGAAGAUGGAGAUGACGAGAGAGAUAGAAGCGAUGAGGAUGGAAAUGGAGAUGAAGAGGACCAAGAUGAUAUUGGAAUCUCAACAACGAAUCGUUGAGGCGUUUGCUAAAAGCAUGUCUGAAAAUUUGGAGGAGAAGAAGAAGAAAGCUAGAAGAGUUUCUUCCUUACCCCCAUGACUCUUGAAUCUUAUGUUUUGUUUUUAACAUCUCAUUAAUGUUAAUGUAUGUUGAACUUUAUGUUAUAAAGUAGAGAGUUUUAAAGCUUAUCUAAUUGCUAUAAUUUAUCCA